AUGGAUCCCUAUAAAGACGAAGAUACAUCGUCAUCAACUACAGACGGAUACACAGAACCAAGAAGAAAUAAUGACAGAGAAACCCAGAAACAAGUAACCUCGUCAGCAUUGUUGAAUGAUUUACUUUCACAAGCACUGGAACAACAAUCACAAAUAAACGACCUUUUCGCUAAAUUGACUGAUGUCAAUAAAGAAGUUCGUACAGAUAUAGAUGAAUUCUGUGAUCUCUACGAGAAAAGUAUAAUGUUUAAUACUAACAAUAAUAUCACUAACGAUGAUAUGGAUAACGAGAGAACUCAUGCCUCCAUGAAUUCUAGUAGGGAAGAAAUUAAUUAG